AUAGUAUAAAAAGCCGUCUGCUUACCGUCUCAUUCAGAUCGAUUUGACCCCAUAUCAUAUCCUCACAAACAAUGCAUCUCCCCUCUGUCAUCGCCGUUGCUUCCGCUUUGAUAGCAUUAGCAUCUGCCGGUCCCGUUAACAUUGAUAGCAGCGGACACUGUCCUAUAUUGUGCGCGGCAGCAACUUGCUGCCCUCCUCAGAAAUGUACGAUGUUGGGCCUCAUAUAUGUGAGUAUAAGUAUCUGCGUCUUGGAUUUAACCACGCGACUCACCGGCGUGGUAGCCCGUCUGGACGUGUAUGUAAGACGAAUGAGUGCCAUGUCAACUACGGUGAGUCGUAUUUCUACCUCGAUCAGCAUCGAUGCAGAUGAUGGCUGAUGGCACGACACAAGAAUUAUUACUAGUUUGAUGUUGAUUUGAUCAAUGUCUUGCUUCCGAAUUGACUGCCGCUCGAGCA